UUGAUGUUGAAGAUUUGCGCGUUUCCAUCAGCAGACUGUCAAUGGCUUUUGGGACGUGUUUUAUUUGAAUGCAUGGACUUUUAAAAAAUAUUUCGUCCAAAGCAACCUCGCGCAGUAAUGGAUAUCUUAUGGAUAUUAUGGAUACUACCCACUGUAUUAGCUGUAGAAGAAACGCUGAUGGACUCUACAACGGCGACGGCCGAGCUCGGCUGGACGGUAUAUCCCACCUCUGGGGUGAGUGACAUCACCAGUUGGGAGGAAGUGAGCGGGUACGACGAGAACAUGAACACCAUCCGCACCUACCAGGUGUGCAACGUCUUCGACAACAACCAGAACAACUGGGUGCGCACCAAGUACAUCCGUCGCCGUGGCGCCCAGCGCAUACAUGUGGAGAUGAAGUUCUCGGUGCGCGACUGCAGCAGCAUCCCCAACGUGCCCGGCUCCUGCAAGGAGACCUUCAACCUGUACUACUACGAGUCCGACUCGGACACCGCCAGCAAGGUGUCCCCGGCCUGGAUGGAGAACCCCUGGGUGAAGGUGGACACCAUCGCGGCGGACGAGAGCUUCUCGCAGGUGGACCUGGGCGGGCGGGUGAUGAAGAUCAACACGGAGGUGCGGAGCUUCGGGCCCGUGUCCCGCCACGGCUUCUACCUGGCCUUCCAGGACUACGGCGGCUGCAUGUCGCUCAUCGCCGUGCGCGUCUUCUACCGCAAGUGCCCCCGCGCGGUCCGCAACGGCGCCGUGUUCGGGGAGACGCUGUCGGGGGCGGAGAGCACCUCGCUGGUGGCGGCGCGGGGCGUGUGCGUGCCCAACGCCGAGGAGGUGGACGUGCCCAUCAAGCUGUACUGCAACGGGGAGGGCGAGUGGAUGGUGCCCAUCGGGCGCUGCAUGUGCAAGGCCGGGCACGAGGCCGUGGACAACGGCACGGUCUGCAGAGCGUGCCCGUCCGGCUACUUCAAGCCCGCCCAGGGGGAUGACUCCUGCAUACAGUGUCCCAUGAACAGCCGCACCACCAACGAGGGGGCCACCACCUGCGUCUGCCGCAGCGGCUACUACCGGACCGACUCGGACCCCAUCCGGAUGCCCUGCACCACUGUCCCCUCGGCGCCCCAGAACGUGAUCUCCAGCGUGAACGAGACCUCGCUGAUGCUGGAGUGGGCCCCGCCGCGGGAGGGCGGGGGCCGCGAGGACGUGGUCUACAACAUCAUCUGCAAGAGCUGCGGGGCGGGGCGGGGGGGCUGCACGCGCUGCGGGGACAACGUGCAGUUCGUCCCGCGCCAGCUGGGCCUGACCGAGCCGCGCGUCUACAUCAGCGACCUGCUGGCCCACACGCAGUACACCUUCGAGAUCCAGGCCGUCAACGGCGUCUCCGACCAGAGCCCCUACUCCCCGCAUUACUCCUCCGUCAACAUCAUCACCAACCAGGCCGCUCCGUCCGCCGUGUCCAUCAUGCACCAGGUCAGCCGUACCGUGGACAGCAUCACGCUGUCCUGGUCCCAGCCCGACCAGCCCAACGGGGUCAUUCUGGACUAUGAGCUCCAGUACUAUGAGAAGGACCAGACCGAAUACAACUCCUCCACGGUGAAGAGCCAGACCAACACGGCGGUCAUCCGAGGCCUCAAACCGGGGGCCAUCUACGUCUUCCAGGUGCGGGCCAGGACCGUGGCCGGGUUCGGACGCUACAGCGGCAAGAUGUACUUCCAGACCAUGACCGAAGAGGAGUACAACACCAGCAUGCAGGAGAAACUGCCCCUCAUCAUCGGCUCCGCCGCGGCCGGCCUGGUCUUCCUCAUCGCCAUCGUGGUCAUCAUCAUCGUCUGCAACCGGAGGAGAGGCUUCGAGAGGGCCGACUCCGAAUACACGGACAAGCUGCAGCACUACACCAGCGGCCACAUAACUCCAGGAAUGAAGAUCUAUAUUGAUCCGUUUACAUAUGAGGACCCGAAUGAGGCUGUGCGGGAGUUCGCCAAGGAGAUUGACAUCUCCUGCGUGAAGAUCGAGCAGGUCAUCGGCGCAGGCGAGUUCGGAGAAGUGUGCAGCGGGAACCUGAAGCUCCCGGGGAAGAGGGAGAUGUUUGUGGCCAUUAAGACCCUGAAGUCGGGCUACACGGAGAAGCAGAGGCGGGACUUCCUGAGCGAGGCCAGCAUCAUGGGCCAGUUCGACCACCCCAACGUGAUCCACCUGGAGGGCGUGGUCACCAAGAGCAGCCCGGUCAUGAUCGUCACGGAGUUCAUGGAGAACGGGUCACUGGACUCAUUCCUCCGACAAAACGACGGGCAGUUCACGGUGAUCCAGCUGGUGGGCAUGCUGCGUGGCAUCGCCUCGGGCAUGAAGUACCUCGCCGACAUGAACUACGUGCACCGGGACCUGGCCGCCCGCAACAUCCUGGUCAACAGCAACCUGGUGUGCAAGGUGUCCGACUUCGGCCUGUCCCGCUUCCUGGAGGAUGACACGUCAGACCCCACCUACACCAGCGCCCUGGGAGGGAAGAUCCCAAUCCGAUGGACCGCGCCCGAGGCCAUUCAGUACAGGAAGUUCACCUCUGCCAGUGAUGUGUGGAGCUACGGCAUCGUCAUGUGGGAGGUCAUGUCCUAUGGAGAGCGGCCUUACUGGGACAUGACCAAUCAAGACGUGAUCAAUGCCAUCGAGCAGGACUACCGGCUGCCGCCCCCCAUGGACUGCCCCAGCGCCCUGCACCAGCUUAUGCUAGACUGCUGGCAGAAGGACCGCAACAACCGGCCCAAGUUCAGCCAGAUCGUCAACAACCUGGACAAGAUGAUCCGCAACCCCAACAGCCUGAAGGCCAUGACCCCGCUGUCUUCUGGCAUCCACCUGCCCCUGCUGGACCGCAGCGUGCCAGAUUUUUCCAGCUUCAGCGCCGUAGAUGAUUGGCUGGACGCCAUCAAAAUGGGCCAGUACAAAGAGAACUUUGCCAACGCUGACUUUACCAGCUUUGAUGUAGUCUCCCAGAUGACUAUGGAUGACAUCCUGAGGGUGGGGGUGACGCUAGCAGGGCACCAGAAGAAGAUCCUCAACAGCGUCCAGAUGAUGCGAGCCCAGAUGAACCAGAUCCAGUCUGUGGAAGUUUGACCUCUGGAGACGGAUCUGGGGGGGAGCAAGGGGGGGUGGGGGGGGGACACGAUGCUGGACUCUGUGCCCGAGGCUUCCUGUAUGACCGUCUUUCUCUCUGGACAUCUCCUCCCCCCCCACAAACGCUCUAUACGCUCCUCUUCCCAUCGUGCUCCCUCCCCGCCAAAACCCCGGCUCCCCCAGGCCAGAAUCCCGCCAGGGCAGAUCCACGGUCACGCACAGGGUGGCGAAUGACGUCGUCUUCUUAAACUUCCAUCGUCUGCAGAAAACCACUUCUUACAUUUACAUUUUCUUCCCACAUUUUAAUUUGCUCUUUUUCCAGAAUUUUGUAGAGAAUUUUUUUAAAGAAAAAAGAAAUGUUAAGAAUACAGCAAGAAGAUCUAUAUAAACAUAUAGAUUUGUUCAUAAGGUGAACUGAAUGAGAAGGCUACCCUUUAAAAGGGCAAAGGAAUCAACUGUGAUGGGGAGAGAAAUGGCAUAAGUCUCCACAAAGCUCGGCUCUGGGAUUCUUUACUCUUUGUGCUGUGCUGAUAAAGAUUCCAGUGCUGGUGUCUCUGGCAGCCAUUUUGUCAUGGAGGAUUCACAGAAGAAACUUAAGGAACAUGAAUUAUAAUAAUCCUGUUGUUGACGCAGGAGAAAAUACAAACUGCUCUUUCCAUGAAAUGGAUCUUUGAUUGGCAGCACUUACUUCCGUGAACAGUUUUAGAAAGAAUUCCGUAACUAUGCCGAUUUAAAAAAGAAAAAGAAAAAAAAACUUAAAGCAACAAGGACUUUUGAUGGCCUUGCCAUGAUUAAUCUCUUAGUGUGGAGUUUAAGGAAUUUUUUUUGUUGUUUUUUUUUUUUUGCUUCCUUUCACCAUGAAAAAAGUGUUUCCUUUUUUAUUACAUCACAGUCUGCCAAAUGGGACAUCCUCCCUGCAUACCUCUGAUGUCAUCAUCCUGUACAUAUCAGAUACACUUGACAUUAUGAUGUCAUCACCAUGAGCCUGUCAUCUGUGAGGCUCGCCUCCAUGUUUGGACUGCAGGAUUUGAUGGACUGGCUCACAAACUCUUUUUAGGGUGACUGGAGGGAGGUCAUUAUUUGUUGUCAUUAAUAUUUUUCUUUAUUUCCCAGAAGUUAGUUGUGGACCUGAAGAAAAUUGGUAACAAACAUUGUGCAGUCUUCCUCCAUGACAUGCUGUUUUGGGUGUUCUUUUUCCUAUAUUGUUUACAUAGAGGGACCCCGAGUGCACAUAUGUUUUGGUCUUCACAUGAUGUACUUCUUUCCCUUUAUUGUUUGGAAAUCUUGCCGUUUCAUGUGUGAGGCCUGUCGAAGCCUGAAGCCUGGGGCUAGAGUGAGCAUGCCGAGGCAAGGAGGGACUUCACCAGGGGCUUGGAUUUAGACACUUUAUGGAACACUGUGUUGAUGUGCUUUUUUUCUCUCAAAGUUUUGUUUUCAAAAGAGAUGCUUUAUAAUGAAGUGUUAGCAGAAGGGAGGAGCAGGGUAGUGCAUACGAUUAUGUAAUAAUGUCAUCUUGACCCAUGAUUAUAGAGACAUGUUCUUUUUUUAUUUAAAAAAUGGCCACCGGUACUUUGCAGAUUUGAUGGUAGGUUGUUUUAUAUGCUGUAAUUAUUAUUAUUAUUAUUAUAAGUUUCAGUUGUAGAGAACACAGAUGUUAAUGCGGCUUUUCAUGAUGGGAAGGUAAUGAGUGGGUGAUGAAAGGAAAGGAUCUAGGAGGAGGACACGAAGUAUUUGGGGGAACAAUUCUGUUACACUGUUACACAAACUGCUAGGACAGCCACAAGGCAUCUCUCCACAGUUUACCUUCCCAAGACUACCCACGGUCCUCUCUCAGAAGCAGGGCAUUCCCUGCCUGACAGAAAGACGGUGUCCACUCGUGCUACUCAGCUGGAAUGGAUGAAGAUGGGUGAAGGUGUGACAUCCUAACACCCCCUCCCCAUAGUUAUUUUUUUCUGUUUGCUUUUCAGUUGCUCAGAUGUUUUUGGUUCUUACACACCAAGAUUUCAUAUUUUCAACGGUGUAAGAAAAAUAUACACGUGCUUUCCUCUCUUUGAAGGUGCAGAAAACUGGUUGGUAAUCGAAGAAUCACCUUAAUGCUUCUCGAAAGAUGUGGUAGCAUUUUAUUUUAAGGGCCGAUUUAUAGUAUUAGAAAGCAUUUGAUGCUAUUUAGUUGUACUACUACGUAUUAACUAAAGAUGCAUUACUUUUUCAUUUGUUUAACACGUAGUUGUUAUCUGUUAAAAUAAUGACAUAUUUAUUGAUAUACUACUUCGGUCGGGGUUUGAAAAUCGGGAUGUAAAUUUAAAAAAACAAAACCGAUCUUAACAGUUAAGAUAGUGAAGUAGUUUUUUUUUGUUAAUAUUUCUAAAAUGGAUUUAACUUUUCAAUCUGAUGUUUAUUUUGUAUUACCUCGUUACUACAGGUAUAAAAAAAAACUCAUUUAUCAUCAACAGCUUUGUAACAUUAUAAAAUAGGCCCUUAAAAUUUAAUGUGACAAAAGUUUGUCAUGCUGUUCUGCUUAAAGGUAUUUAGGGAAAAAAACAAAAAAACUUUUGGGUGAGUUGAGGCUUGGGUGUCCAGUGUUGAUUUGGGCUGAUUUGUCUGGCCUGAGGGCUGAGAGUGGAGAUGGGACGGUGGAGGAUGUGGGGUUUGUCCCAGAAUCAGCCUGUCAGGAGUCCGGAGACUGAAGGCCCCUCAGGCGUGCUGGAGGAGAAGCGCAGUCCAGUCAGGACGUCGGUCCAAGCCGGAACAUCAGGAUCCUGGGCCCCCUGACUGCAGUGCAACAGGACUAUGUCCCAACGAACUGCUCGCAAGCAUUCUGUUGGGUUCUGAAGGAACGAUGUUUUAAGAGGCACUAACCACAGAAUCAUGCCGCAAACUCCUUUGACAAGUCCGGCACUGUCAUGGCGAUUAGUGGAGGAUUCCUAAGCAUUUGAGCCGGCCGAAUCAAGCUCGGAGUUUUUGGGUUGAAUGCAGUACCAAGGGGAGUGUAAGGGGCUUCCAUUAGUUAACAUAAAUCGUUUGUGAUUUUUUUACAGAAGAAAAAAAAAAUGAACCCGCGAUGCUUCCCGUCUCGAAAGGGUCGGACACUCCGUCUGUCGGACGUGUGCCUUCCCACGACCGUGCGCAAGUGCUUUUCUUCUCUGUCCUUACCCUCAGUCUCGCACAGGGACCAGGGAGCUCUUCCCUUUGCGUGAGCCCGUCUGUCCGUCCCCGCUUUCGUCCAGCUGUCCGUCCAGUGAAUCAGGAGCAGGGGAGCUUUGCCGUGUGCCGUUUUGCAUUCUGUCAAAUUGUCCAUUACAAGACGAUGCUUGUUUCAUGACAUGCAGUGUGAAAGGGACAACUGCUGUGUGGGAAGACUUCCUGAGAAUGUGUGACGUGCUAGUACAUCAACAUGGUGUUUCGCGAGGUGUGUGUGUGUGUGUGUCCCUUCUGAUAACGUUAAGAGUGCUGUAUAAUUUCCGUUCAUAAUCUUCAUUUUCAUCAGCCCUGGGAAAGUUUGUAUUCCUUCCUGAUUUAAGUCAUCCCGAAGGCCUCCUCAGAAAAUGUUAACCUUUAUUUUCAUUUUUCAUUUCAUGUUUGUUUUAAGUCAACUCCACGAGGAGUGUGACAGGGAAGCUGUUUUCUUUGGGUCAAUCUUUUUCCGCAUCAAGAUAAAUGACACACAGCAAAAAAAUAAAUAAAAUACAUUCACUUUCCCUAGAAAAACAAAUCGUUGAGAAAAAUAGUGUUUGAAAAAGAACAGAAGGUGCAUAAGCAGACUUAAACUGAAGGGAAUGGAGUUCAGUAUGGAGAGAGAGAGCACAGGGAUUCCCUUCAGUUAUCACAUGAAACCCAAGGCUGACCCUUACUUUGCUGAACUCUGAGCUGCUCUUAUGGCAGUUGUGUAGACCACAUCUCCUGAUUUAAAGCCUUUGUGCAACUUCCCUGGAUCCUGGGUUAAACCCUCACGGUGAUCCAGCCAAAGCCCAACUUGCAGUCUCGCACUCAGGAAGGUAGACUCUAUCCUGAUGUGGAUUCUCCUACCGCAGAAUUACUGCUUGUUUCAGGCCAUAGUGGCAGGGAGUAGGUUUAAAGUACAUUCAUGAGUUUUAUAUGUCUGCAUUCCAAAAAGGCACCGGAUACCUCUGACAAAUGAGCAAACUAUGAUUUUUAGCCAACUGUCUGCAUUGCAUUUAAAAAGGGAAAAUGCUAAAUUAUUUGAGACAAUUCUCUUCAAUUUUGUUCAACUAUAGAAUCAGAACCUGUAGGGUUAAGUGUAAGGUUGACCUUAAUGCCGUAACUCACCUUCUACUCUUGCAUGCUACUCUUACCAUCUUCAAAGGGUAAACCAAAUUAAAUGGAUUUCUGUUAUACAAGAAAAAACAUGCAUUUGUCGCUCUCUCAAAUUCACACUCACACACACACUUUUUUCUUCUUUUUUUUUUUGAAUUUUCACUUCCAGCAGCUUCAGAAGUAUUAAAAAGGCAGCCAAUACUUUUUUUUUUUUUUAACACUUCAACCCAUUAAAUAAAUAAAUAGUGUUACGUUACUGUCGGUAUGUGUUACAAAUGAAGCAGCUGAUCAGUUUCCAGGUUCACAGCCCCAUGGGCAGAACAUUUUGAAUGUGUGUGUGUGUGUGUGUGUGUGUGAAAGUUUGGAAGCAGUUGUUUGCUAGGUCGUCCGUCCUCUUACACCGCCCAGCUCCGGUCUUCCAUGCGCUGCACUGUAGCUGCCACAUGCAGAUUUCAUUCAUUCCAUCAGGCUAAAUGUGUCAGUUAUGCAGCAUAAGCCAGCCAAUAGCCUUUCACACUGGAAGAGAGUGGAUGACCUGCAAUGUUCAGUCAUCAGCCUUUUUUAAAAGCAGAUAUCAGUUACUAAUAUGGUUUUCAGUGGAAUGAGAAAGCUUUUUUAACCAAAGUAACUAUGAAUAAUACAAUAACAUGAGAUUGAAACUGAAAUCUUCAUUAUUGGGAAGUUUGAACCAUUAAUCUCAUUGAUCCAUCGUUUCGUGUUGAUGUCAAAGCUACUGCUUGAAGAAAAGUGAAAGGCCCGUGUGUCAGCCUACUCUCUGUUCUGAAAGAGCAUACAGGUGCCAAUGUGUUCUGACUGUGCGAUCUGAUGUACUGUAAAAGAAAAAAGAAAAAAAAACAGCGCUGUUGCUUCCA